AUGAGAGCUGUCGUCGUAAUCUGUCUUUUGGCGGUAGUUGCAGUAGCACACGCAAGGAAUUCAAGGUACAAAAGAGAUGCCGAUUUAGAAUCUGCAGCCUCUCAUCAUUGGGAGAAAGGCGGUGGAGACGAACAUCAUGGAGACCAUCAUCAGGAAGACGGUGAUCAUGACGAAAAAGGAUACAAAGGAUUCCAUGAACAUGAACAUGGAAAGAAAGGACACUCAGAUCACGAAGGCCAUAAAGGAUAUUAUGGAGAACAUGGAGGACACAAAAAGCACCAUAAUCAUGACGACGGAUACUACGAUGAACAUAAUCACGGCGAGAAAGGUGAAAAGGGCCAUAGCUUCGAAGAAAAGGGCCACUUUCAUAAAGGUCACGAUACCAAGGGCCAUCAUGGAAUCCACAAAAUAGAUGAGUUCAAGAAAGACAAGCACUUCCAUGACAAACACGGUGAAUCUGGUUUUGAAGAAGAAUAUGGUGGACACCAUCAUGAAGGAGGAUACAAAAAGGGAGGUCACUUCCACAAAGGUCAUGAUCUAGGUGGCUUCCACGAACACGAGCAUGGUGAGAAAGGACAUCACGAAAAGGGAGGACAUCACCACGAUCACAAAGGUCACCACGACGAAGGUGGACACGAUGAACACUGGGGCCACCACAGCGACCAUGGUAGCAAAGGAGGUCACGAAGAUCACAAGGGCUGGGGAUGGAAAAAAGGACAUAAAUGA